AAACAUUACUGGCGGGCCGCGAGGUGCUGUGUGUGCCGCUACACAAUGUAUAAAGUAUAUAGACACUGUGGCAAGUCUGGUCAAUUAUCAAGAUACAUACUACAGUCCAGAUAUGUGUCAACUACUACUCAACUCCGUGAUAAAGUUGAAACACGUGCGGUUUUAUCCAAUGGGCGGACGUUACACAUUGAAACUGGAGGCUAUGCUCGUUUAGCAGAUGGUGCUGCAGUUGCUACUCUAGGAGACACUUCCGUUCUUAUCACUGCUGUGAGCAAACCUCGGUCUGGUCCCUCUCCAGGGUUUAUGCCUCUUACUGUGGAUUAUCGUCAAAAAUAUGCUGCUGCAGGCCGGAUACCUUCAAAUUACUUCCGCAGGGAGCUUGCACCAACUGAUAAAGAGAUUCUUACCAGUAGGAUUAUUGAUCGCUCGGUUCGUCCAUUGUUUCCUGUUGGCUACUGCGGUGAUACACAGCUUUCAUGUCAGCUUCUUGCAGUGGAUGGCCUUUAUGAUCCGGAUGUUGUUAGCAUCAAUGCAGCAUCAGCAGCACUUGCAGUAUCAGAUAUCCCAUGGAUGGGACCAGUUGGAUCAGUGCGCAUGGGAUUAGUUGAUGGAGAAGUAAUUAUUCAACCAACUCGACGAGAAUUGUCCAAGAGUUCACUCAAUCUUGUUGUGAGUGGAGCUGAAAAUAAGCUUAUAGUAAUGCUGGAAGGUGGGGGAAGUAAUGUUCUUCAACAAGACCUUAUGAAGGCCAUCAAAAUGGGUGUGAAAGAAUGCCAGCUUGUAAUUAAAGCUAUUCAAGAACUGGCUAAAACAGCUGGCAAAACAAAGCGGAGCUUUACUAAUUCCCUCCAUGUCCCAGAAGAAAUGUUACAAGCUGCUAGAACCCUGAGUGAGAUGCGCUUACGUAGUAUUUUCACAGACUUCUCACAUGACAAGUUUUCAAGAGACAAUGCUGUUAAUGUCCUAAAAUCAGAUGUCAUGCAGAAGCUGAUAGAAGGAUUUCCCGAUGUUGAUUCACAGUUAGCACAUUUAGCUUUUAGUCAAAUUACAAAAACUGUCUUUAGGAAUCUUAUUUUAGAUGAUAAUAUCAGGUGUGAUGGCAGAGGUCUGCUCGAUUUGCGACCCAUAAGUUGUGGAGUAGAUCUGUAUCGUCCCCUGCAUGGGUCCUCACUCUUUCAGCGAGGUCAGACACAAGUACAAUGCACUGUUGCUUUUGAUGCCCAUGAAAACAUUCCCAAGCUAGAUCCUUUGUUAGAAGCUACUGGUGGCCAUCGGGAUCGAAACUUCAUUCUGCAUUACACAUUCCCCUCUUUUGCGACAAAUGAAGUAGCAAGAAGUGGUCCAAUCUCUCGACGUGAGGUAGGCCAUGGAGCUUUGGCCGAGAAGGCUCUGAGACCUCUCUUGCCUUCUUACUUCCCCUUUGCAAUACUUCUCACAUCAACUGUACUGGAAUCCAAUGGGUCAUCUUCUAUGGCAACUGUGUGUGGUGGAAGUCUGGCCCUAAUGGAUGCAGGUGUCAACAUAUCUGCGCCAGCAGCUGGGAUUGCAAUUGGCUUGGUCACACGCUAUGAUGACAGUAAUAAGCUCCAAGAUUAUAAGAUUUUGACUGACAUCUUGGGUAUUGAAGACUAUAUGGGAGAUAUGGACUUCAAGCUAGCUGGGACCUCUAAAGGCAUAACUGCUCUUCAGGCAGAUGUGAAAGUUCCAGGAAUUCCCUUGAAAGUGGUGAUGGAAGCCAUACAACAAGCUACAGAUGGAAAAGGGAAUGUUCUCACUAUCAUGGGGGACACAAUUGCUCACCCACGUGAAAACAAGAAAGAGACCAUGCCUGUGCUGGAAAAGAUAGCUGUACCAGCCCACAAGAGAAGCAAAGUUAUGGGUCCUGGUGGCAUGCACAUUCGAAGAGUCCAGUCUGAGACUGGAGUUCAGCUGACAUGGCAGGAGGAUGGUAUACUCUCAGUCUUUGCACCAAAUCUGUCAGCGAUGGAGGAAGCAAAAGAGGCCCUUACUGAACUGCUCAGUGAUCGAGAACCCACUUUAGAGUUUGGCGGUAUUUACACUUCUACAGUUGUUGAACUUCGUCCGCAAGGUGUUAUGGUGACACUCUAUGAUGACAUGCCACCAGUUUUACUUCACAAUUCACAGUUGGAUACAAGAAAAGUACAUCAUCCUAGUGCACUUGGCAUUGAAGUUGGCCAGCAACUUAAAGUGAAGUAUUUUGGACGUGACCCAGCAUCAGGUCAGAUGAGAUUGUCUAGAAGAGCACUACAAGCUUCCGCUGCUGCUGUAAAAAAUCUUCAUAAAGCAGAGCCUGUAUGAGUUGUAGUUAAAAUAAUAAAAAGCUGUAAAUAUAUA